AUGGUUUACUACAAGGUUCCUUCACUCUCACAGGGUCGCAACGGCCUGGGCUCAAUUUUCGUCUGGGCCAGCGGCAAUGGAGGCAAGAACAGAGACAACUGCAAUUGCGAUGGCUACACGAACAGCAUCUACACUUUGGGCGUCAGCUCAGCAUCCGAGCGUGGCUCUGUGCCCUGGUAUGCCGAGCACUGUUCGUCCACCCUUGCCGUUACGUAUAGUUCGGGCGGGCGAGGUGAACGCAGUGUGGUAAGUCUGGCAUUCGCUAAAUCUUGA